AUGCGUAUGGCCCCCAAAGUGGCUGGUGUCGUCUGCUUUGCGACAUUGUCAACUGCAGUCAAAGUAGACGAUUACCAAUUAUUUUAUCAAUUUGGCAACCCGACGACCAACAUUUCGAAUUCUGUUGGGGUUUUUACUCCUGCUAUUUAUGAUUUCUGUGCGGCUCCUGAAAUUGGAGAAGAGUUCUCAUUUCCAGAUUUCUCGGCAUCCACUGCUGGCCUUUUACUUCCCUGGAUUGCCUUUUUUGCGCAACUUCCUCGACAAACUGGGAGCAGUUAUAAUGAUAUCUUAAGCAUAUUCAUAUCAGUUGGCAGCCUUGCUUGGAUAUCGUCAUCCGUCUUCCUUGCUGUCUUCUUCCGUCGUGCGGUCAGCACAAGAUUCAACCAACUUCAAGCAAAAUUUAUCUCUGGUGCCAACAAAUCUAUUUAUCUGCACCUUGCGAAGAGAUGCGAAGCUGCAAAGAUCAUUCUGCAAGCCGGUAUUCAAGCUUCCAUGCGACUGAAUCCAAGGCCUGGGUUCUUGAGCAGCUUGAUAAUAUCUCCAGAAAAUCACUGGUGGUGGAUUGCUGCAGCGGCGGAUAUUAAAGCGUUGUGGCGACGAAUAGAUGCCGUAUUCAUUGCACAAACAUUCAUUGCCGCAUUGGCGUGGCUCCUUGCCAUCAUUACCAACUUCUCGGGUCUUCCUGGGUCGGUGUCAUCUUCCAAUAGUGCCGAAUGGCAGAUCUGCAUGGGCACAUUGUGGCUGUGGUUGUUCACGGCAACGUAUGGUCCAAUAGCCAUCGAAUCACUUUACAAAGCUAAGGUCCUACGUCAUGCUUUGUCUUCACCGGGCGAAACGUACGAUAGGUUUCACUUCGCUCUUAUCAAUGGAAAGGUUGCGGAACAACACGAACAAACAGCGAUAGUGCAGAGGUCAGCCCUGGUUCCCAAGUACCUGAUUAAUCGUCGAGGGUCUACCCAAGUGUACGGGAUCAUGAAUGAAGAUAGAGAAGCUUCCAGUAAUGUUCGUAUUCCGGAUAUGUGGGGAUUAUCUAUUGAGGGGGCUGGGAGAAAGGAGGGUUUGAAUACCUUUCCAUGCAAAUUCUUUCCUUCUGAGCAGCUUGUCGACCACGUUGUUCGACCUUUUGAGUCGUUCCACCAACGCUUGGAACACGACCAAGCACCAGUUUCCAACAAAGACGACAACUUAUUCUCUCCAAAGUACGGGUCCUUUGACCUAGCAUCAAGAUUAGACUCUAAGUUACUUGAUCUUGAAGCUGCCUCACCCACGACAGGACGUCUGAGACCUGUGAAGACAUGGGAUUCGACGAAAUCUCCAACUUUGAAUCUCAAAGGCUCAUCUCAAGCACUAGACGAAUAUCUUGGAAUCGAAGUUUCUCGCUUCACCGCAUAUCCCAAGUGGUCCGAAGUCGUACGCGGUACAUGGAUGCGAUUCAUUAUGGCAAAUAUCCUUGGACUCGUGGUACAAUGGGGAACCAGUGGACCAGGAAUUUAUGUGAUGUACUACACACCACCUGUCGGACUAGGAUGCGACUCGGGAGGGCUGCUCAUAUAUGCUGUUGGUGCAACUUUAUCGUGGGCAUUGUUGAAUCUUGGUAGCCUUCUCUCCCAUACGGCUCUUCUUCAUUAUCAACGUUAUCACGACAAAUUCCCCAGCCAGCCAAUACUUGAUUGCUACAAGCGGACCUAUUCUCAUACCUUUCUCUGCGGAGCCGCGGUGAUCACUCGUGUCUUAGGGAAAUUGGUUGCCGUCAUCAAUGCCUGCUGGAUCCUGGUUUGGUCGUUCCUAACGUAUACCAAUGUUAUGCAGACGCCGUACUGUACUACUGCUUAUUUUUCCCUUCGGAAUCGCGGCUGGAUGCGAUUAUGGAAUUUCGAAUCUCAACAAUAUAUGGCUAUCAGAAUACAAGAGCUUCAAUGUCUCGUGUUCGGCACCUUUAUUGCUUACUUCGCUUGUGUUUUAAUCUCUGCUCUAACUUCAAACGAAAAGAAGCGACAAUGUCGAUGGACAGUUACUGCUGUGCUUAGCCUUGCCUUCCCAACCAUUGCAAUUUUGUUGUAUUCGCGAGGUGUGAGGAGCGUGAUGGACUCAGAUGGAGGCUUCAUGAUUUAGC